AUGCUGCUGCAGGAACUGCCGUUAGACUUUACCUUUGUCAAAAGCUCGUAUCAGAGCCAAGUCCAGCAAGUCGUUCGAGACAACGCAGGUGAUGGGACGACGACGACAGGCCUCCGAGCCAACGAGGUAACGGUUAUGGCGCUGAACGAAAUCGCAGUCGCUCAUGGACGAGGCUUCUUCUGGCACUUUCCCAACCGAGAUCGCCUCAAGAAUGACCGUGACACCACGAACCACGGCAAGGAGAACAAGAAGACGAGGAAGAGGAUGGAGAAAGAGGAGGAGCCUGCAGUGCCUCAGCAAGUCCCACCAGACAGGAUGGCGGAGACGACCAAACCGACGUUUCCCACCAUCACGUACAUGGACUACCGCUGGAGUGGUGAGGCGCGUGAGCGCUUUCGAAAGACCCCUCAUCGUGCCCGCUAUCUGCUCUGCGAUGGGCUCCUGAAUCCCCCAGCCCAGGGGCAGUCUGCACACCGUGUACACUGCAUCCAGUACGCCAGCCACGCGCUGUACCAAGUAUUUGCUACAGGGCGUCCUUCUCUUGUCGUCUUGCAAAUGGAUUCGGCAUUUUAUGCCAUGUCAACGAGGGAUAUGGAGGCGCUGUGUGGCGGCCGUAUGAGGCACAAUGGGAUGCAGUUUUCUCAAGUAUCCAAGCUAUGGGGCGUGGAUGAGCACAAUGUGGAGGACUUUUCCUGCGCAGACGUCGAGAGCCUCUAUGCGCGGCUGAUCGAUCUUUGCGAGCGAGACCGCCAGAGCGACCCCAUCACCGUCGAGGAGCUGUCCCGACGCAUCCCCCGGCCCCGCGCGCCACCGAAACCUGCUCAGCUAUUAGGGUGGGCGAUUGGAGAGCAGGGUAACAACCGAUCGGGCCCUAAGUCGAGCAAGGGUUCGACGAGGCCACGGCGCAAGGGGAGGGAGGACGAGCAACGUGCGGGAGCAUGUGUCGUCGAGGGGAUCGAGCUAGGAUCGAGCUAG